AUGGGACCCCUCAGCCGGAAAGAAGAAAUCGUGUUUAAGCCCUUCCUGGGGAGAGAUCCUUUUAAGCCAGUGAAGCCCUCCAAGAAGGGAACCGGCCAGUUGAUUAUGCACAGCACGAUCAUGUUUGGCCGUGAGUUCUGCUACGCCGUCGAAGCUGCCUUUGUCACCCCCGUGUUGCUCACCGUGGGGCUCCCCAAAAGCCUUUAUAGCUUCGUAUGGCUGAUCAGUCCCAUCCUAGGAUUUCUGCUGCAGCCGGUGGUGGGUUCGUUCAGCGACCGCUGCACUUCCAGGUGGGGCAAGAGGAGACCUUUUAUCUUGAUCCUUGGCCUUCUGAUGCUCCUGGGUAUGGCUUUGUACCUGAAUGGGGAUGCCGUCAUCUCAGUUCUGGUUGUUGAUCGAGGCACUUGGAAGACGUGGGCUAUCAUUAUUACCAUGCUGGGAGUCGUGUUGUUUGAUUUUGCUGCUGAUUUUAUUGAUGGUCCCAUUAAGGCAUAUUUAUUUGAUGUCUGCACUCACCAGGACAAGCAAAAGGGGCUCCAUUAUCACGCGCUCCUGACAGGUCUAGGAGGGGCUCUGGGAUACCUGACGGGGGCCAUUGAUUGGGGAUCAACCAUUUUGGGAAAAUAUUUGGGGUCAGAAUUCCACGUGAUAUUCUUUUUUGGUGUCCUUGUGUUCCUGCUCUGUCUUGUGGUGCACUUGUGCAGCAUCCCUGAAGCGCCUCUUGUCGACACCAGUGGCGAGACUAAAGUCCUGGUGAAAAAUUCUCAGCCUGAUCAAUAUGGGGCCAUAGAAAGUGUCAAGAACAACAGUGAAUGCAGUGAAAUGCGGAUUUCACCCAAAGAGGAGAAACUCACCACAAAAGCAGACAGUCAGGUUCAAAGACAGAUAACCAUUAUGUCUCUCCUAGAAGCUCUUUUAAACAUGCCACCCCACUACCGCAGCUUAUGUCUCAGUCACUUGAUGGGAUGGACAGCUUUCCUUUCCAACAUGCUCUUCUUCACUGAUUUUAUGGGACAGAUAGUGUUUGAAGGUGAUCCUUACGCCCCUCACAACUCCACUGCUUAUCUGACCUAUAAAAGAGGCGUAGAGAUCGGAUGUUGGGGAUUAUGCAUCAAUGCCAUUUCUUCUUCAGUCUAUUCUUAUGUUCAAAGAGCUCUGCUACCCUUCCUAGGGUUAAAAGGACUCUAUUUUGUCGGUUACCUUCUUUUUGGACUAGGCACUGGAUUUAUUGGGCUGUUUCCCAAAGUCCUUCCUACUCUGACUCUGUGCUCUCUGUUUGGCGUCAUGUCCAGCACACUGUACACGAUACCAUUCAACCUUGUUGCUAAUUACCACAAGGAGGAAUUGAAUCAGAAACACGAUGAAGCUGCGGACUCCAGCCGAGGAAAGGGUAUUGACUGUGCUGCUUUGACCUGUAUGGUCCAACUGGCCCAAAUCAUCGUUGGGGUGGGCCUAGGUCUCCUGGUCAGCGCUGUCGGCAGUGUGGUGGUGGUAGUGAUCUCUGCCUCUGCUGUUGCCUUGCUGGGUUCCUGCUUUGUAGCCUUGUUUGUUCGGUACAUUGAUGAAAGCAAUAAAUAG